UUUCCGCUUCCGGCCAUUUCCGCUUCCGGCGCCGUGAGGCGGCGCGCGCCCGGCGCGGGUAACGGGAGGGUCCUGUCGCGACAGAAUCGCGAUCGGGGCCCCUCCCCAGCAAUGUCGGACACGUGGAGCUCGAUCCAGGCGCACAAGAAGCAGCUGGACUCGCUGCGGGAGCGGCUGCAGCGCCGCAGGAAGCAGGACCCGCUCGGGACCGGCGACCCCCGCCAUGACCUGGCCACGCCCCCCCGCACCGGCAGCCCCGCCCCCUCCGGCCCCGCCCCUUCCGGCCCCACCCCGGGGGGCGUGACCACGCUGGGCCCCGCCCCCCCCGGAGCCCCCUCCCCGCCCGGGGGUCCCGAGGGGGUCCCGGGGGAGCCCCCGGAGCCGGACCCGGCCCUGGAGCGGCGGCUGCUGCUGCACCUGUCCGACCUGGCCACGCCCCUGCCGGCCGACGCCCGCGCCAUCCGCGACGCCAUCGCGCAGGGCGACUCCCAGGUGACCCUGCAGGCCGUCGAGAGCCUCCUGCACAAGUUUGCGGCGCAGGAGCUGAUCGAGGUGCGCCGGGGGCUGCUCCAGGACGGCCCCACCUUGGUCACCUGCGCCGACCACUCCAAGCUGUCGGCCAUGACGGGCGUGGUCGCGGCGGGGCGCGGCCGGGCGGAGCCGGCGGGGGGGGACGAUGGGAGGGGCGGGGCCGGGGGGGGGGCGGGGCUGGCGGGGGAGGGGAAGGAGGCGAAGCGGUGCCGGCGGGCGGCGGCGUCGGACGUGGACCUGGAGAUCGAGAGUUUGCUGAGCCAGCAGAGCACCAAGGAGCAGCAGAGCAAGAAGGUGAGCCAGGAGAUCCUGGAGCUGCUCAACACCACGACGGCCAAGGAGCAGUCGAUCGUGGAGAAGUUCCGCUCGCGCGGCCGCGCGCAGGUGCAGGAGUUCUGCGACCACGGCACCAAGGAGGAAUGCGUCAAGGCCUCGGGCGCCGAGCGGCCCUGCCGCAAACUCCACUUCCGCCGCAUCAUCAACAAGCACACGGACGAGUCCCUGGGCGACUGCUCCUUCCUCAACACCUGUUUCCACAUGGACACCUGCAAGUACGUGCACUACGAGAUCGACACCUGCGCGGCCACGCCCCGCGCAGCCCCACCCGGGCGCGGCCCCGCGAGCGCUCCCCGCCCCGAGCUGCCGCGCGCCGCGCCCGACGCCGGCGCCGACCGACUCUUCCCGCCACAGUGGAUCUGCUGCGACAUCCGCUACCUGGACGUGUCCAUCCUGGGCAAGUUCGCGGUGGUGAUGGCCGACCCGCCCUGGGACAUCCACAUGGAGCUGCCCUACGGGACGCUGACGGACGAUGAGAUGCGGCGCCUCAACAUCCCCGUGCUGCAGGACGAGGGCUUCCUCUUCCUCUGGGUCACCGGCAGGGCCAUGGAGCUGGGCCGUGAAUGCCUCAACCUCUGGGGGUACGAGCGCGUGGACGAGAUCAUCUGGAAAACGAAUCAGCUGCAGCGAAUCAUCCACGGGCGCACGGGGCACUGGCUGAACCACGGCAAGGAGCACUGCCUGGUUGGGGUCAGGGGAAACCCCCAGGGCUUCAACCGGGGCCUGGACUGCGACGUCAUCGUGGCCGAGGUUCGCUCCACCAGCCACAAACCCGACGAGAUUUACGGGAUGAUCGAGCGCCUCUCCCCCGGCACGCGGAAAAUCGAACUCUUCGGGCGGCCCCACAACGUGCAGCCCAACUGGAUCACGCUGGGCAAUCAGCUGGACGGGAUUCACCUGCUGGACCCCGACGUGGUGGCGCAGUUCAAGCAGCACUAACCCUGAUGGAAUCAUCUCCAACCCAAAAACCUCUGACUUGGGGAAAAUUUGGGG